GCAAGAUUUGGGAGUUUUUUUUUUCUUACAUUCUUUGAUCUUUUGUCUUUUAUUUUUUUCAUUGAAAAUAGAAUUCGACUUUUUUUUUUUUUUCUUCCACUUCAUUCUCUCUUUUUCAAUUGUGUGUGUGUGUGUGUGUUUCGAUAAUUUAAACGUAUUUUGAUUACACACUUGUUAAUUCCCCCCCUUUGGACAAACAGAAAAAGCUUAGAACUUACAACCAGAACAAGAAGCACCUCUUAAAAAAACGACCUCAUAAUGACCGAUAUCAUGGAUGACAGUUAUAGAAUGGCAGAAAAUGAAUACUUUCUUCCUGAUGGUGAAGAAAUGUAUGAAGACGAACCCAUCACCCAAGAAGAUUGUUGGACAGUCAUUUCUUCAUUCUUUGAGGAGAAGGGUCUCGUUAGACAACAAUUGGAUUCUUUUGAUGAAUUUGUACAAAAUACCAUGCAGGAAUUAGUCGAUGAAAACUCUAAUCUUGUGCUUCAACAUGUUGGUGGAGACGGCGAUGUUACUAAACGAUAUAUUAUUGAUUUCGGACAGAUUUAUUUGUCAAAACCUACAAUGACAGAAGCCGAUGGUAGUACGCAACCCAUGUUUCCCCAAGAAGCGCGUAUUCGUAACUUAACAUACGCGUCUCCUUUAUAUGUGGAUAUGAGCAAACGUACACAAAUCGCAACACCUCAUGAUCCUAACAAUGUGAACAGAAACCCCAACGAUCUCUUCCAAGAUGAAAAUGGGUCUGAUAGACCUCCCAUGACCAAAGUUUUCAUUGGAAAGGUCCCUAUCAUGUUGAGAUCUACUUAUUGUAUUCUUCAUGAUAUGCCUGAGAGUUCCAUGCACGAGUUGAAUGAAUGUUCCUUUGAUAUGGGUGGUUAUUUCGUCAUCAAUGGUUCCGAAAAGGUCUUGAUUGCUCAAGAACGUAUGGCAACCAAUACAGUCUAUGUCUUCUCCAAGGCACCACCUUCCAACUUUCAAUAUACUGCAGAAAUCAGAUCUCAACCCGAGAAAGGAUCCAAGAAUGCUUCGCCUUUAUUUAUUAAAAUGAUGAGAGCUUCUGCUGAACGUGGCUCUUCUGGUCAAUGUAUUCGUGCUGCUUUACCAUAUAUCCGUUCUGAAGUACCUAUUGUCAUUGUAUUCAGAGCUCUUGGUCAAGUAGCUGAUAGAGAUGUAUUGGAGCAUAUCUGUUAUGAUCGUAAUGAUUAUGAAAUGUUGGAGUUGUUAAAACCUUCUAUCGAAGAGGCUUUUGUCAUUCAAGAUCAAGAUAUUGCCUUGGAUUUCAUCGGUAAAAGAGGUACCACUGUGGGUGCCACAAGAGAAAGACGUAUCAAGUAUGCCUCUGAAAUUCUCCAAAAAGAAUUAUUACCUCAUGUUGGUACUGCAUACAAGACUGAAACUCGUAAAUCCUAUUUCUUUGGUUAUAUGAUCCAUCGUUUGUUAUUGGCAGCUUUAGAACGUCGUGAAUUAGAUGAUCGUGAUCAUUAUGGUAAAAAACGUAUGGAUCUUGCUGGUCCUUUAAUGGCUGGUCUUUUCAGACUUUUGUUUAAGAAGUUGACAAAGGAUGUUGCUAAGUAUUUACAAAAGUGUAUUGAAUCAAGCAGAGAAUUCAAUUUGACUCUUGCUGUCAAAUCCAACACAAUUACCAACGGUUUAAAGUACUCUUUGGCUACUGGUAAUUGGGGUGAUCAAAAGAAGGCAAUGCAAGCCCGUGCUGGUGUCUCUCAAGUUUUAAACAGAUAUACAUUUGCUUCUACUUUAUCCCAUUUGCGUCGUUGUAAUACACCUAUUGGUCGUGAUGGUAAGAUUGCCAAACCUCGUCAAUUACAUAACACCCAUUGGGGUCUUGUCUGUCCUGCCGAAACCCCUGAAGGUCAAGCGUGUGGUCUUGUUAAGAAUUUGGCCUUGAUGUCUUAUAUUUCUGUCGGUUCUUCUGCUACUCCUUUAAUCAUGUUUUUGGAAGAAUGGGCUAUGGAGAACUUGGAAGAAUUAAGUGCCACCAGUAUUGCUGAUGCCACAAAGGUAUUUGUGAAUGGUGUCUGGAUUGGUAUUCAUCGUGAUCCCGGAGAGUUGAUCAAUUCUCUUAAACAAAUGAGACGUUCAGUCGAUAUCUCUCCUGAGGUCAGUAUUGUGCGUGAUAUUCGUGAAAAGGAAUUAAGAAUGUACACCGAUGCUGGUCGUUGUUGUAGACCCUUGUUCUUGGUUGAAAAUCAACAAUUGAGAUUAAAUCGUGAACAUAUUAUGCGUAUCCAAGAUACUGAAGAUGAAUUUGGCUGGCAAAAUAUGAUUGCUGAUGGUAUUGUCGAAUAUGUGGAUGCUGAUGAAGAGGAAACUGCUAUGAUCUGUAUGACACCUGAAGAUUUAGCUGAAGCACGUAUGACUGCCCAAUAUGGUGCUCCACUUCAAGAGACGCGUGAUUUGGCUAGUCGUGUUAAAUCCCAAACCGGUAGCUACUCGCACACAUGGACCCAUUGUGAAAUUCAUCCUAGUAUGAUUCUUGGUAUUUGUGCUAGUAUUAUUCCUUUCCCAGAUCACAAUCAAUCUCCUCGUAAUACUUAUCAAUCUGCAAUGGGUAAGCAAGCUAUGGGUGUUUAUCUCACGAAUUUCCAAACGCGUAUGGAUACACUUGCCAAUAUUUUGUACUAUCCCCAAAAGCCCCUUACCACUACGCGUUCUAUGGAAUUUUUACGUUUCAGAGAGUUGCCAGCUGGUCAAAAUGCUAUUGUCGCUAUUUUAUGUUAUUCCGGUUAUAACCAAGAAGAUUCCGUUAUCAUGAACCAAAGUAGUAUCGAUCGUGGUCUUUUCAGAUCCUUGUUUUUCCGUACCUACAUGGAUGCUGAAAAGAAAUCUGGUAUGAUGUUUAUGGAAGAAUUCGAGAAACCUACUCGUGAUAACACGCUUCGUUUGAAGCAUGGAACUUAUGAGAAAUUAGAAGAGGAUGGUCUCAUCGCACCUGGUACUCGUGUUUCUGGUGACGAUAUUAUCAUCGGAAAAACUGCUCCUAUUCCCGCUGAUUCUGAAGAAUUGGGUCAAAGAACCACGACACAUAACAAGCGUGAUGCCUCUACUCCCUUAAGAUCCACAGAAACCGGUAUCGUUGAUCAGGUCAUGUUGACUACUAACCAAGAUGGCUUGAAGUUUGUUAAAGUACGUGUUCGGUCUACUCGUGUGCCUCAAAUGGGUGAUAAGUUUGCUUCUCGUCACGGACAGAAGGGUACUAUCGGUAUGACUUAUCGUCAAGAAGAUUUCCCCUUCUCUUCUGAAGGUAUCACACCUGAUCUCAUUAUUAAUCCUCAUGCCAUUCCCUCUCGUAUGACUAUCGGUCACAUGAUUGAGUGUUUGCUCGGUAAGGUUUCUACUUUGACUGGUAACGAAGGUGAUGCUACACCUUUCACUGACGUCACAGUCGAAGCUAUUUCUGCCGCCCUCCAAGCUCAAGGUUAUCAAUCUCGUGGUUUUGAGGUCAUGUAUAACGGCUUCACAGGUCGUAAAUUAAAUGUGCAAGUGUUCUUGGGUCCUACCUAUUAUCAACGUUUGAAGCAUAUGGUUGACGAUAAGAUCCAUAGUAGAGCAAGAGGUCCUGUACAAAUUUUAACUAGACAGCCCGUGGAAGGUCGUUCAAGAGAUGGUGGCCUUCGUUUCGGUGAGAUGGAGAGAGAUUGUAUGAUCAGUCAUGGUGUUGCACAGUUUUUGAAGGAACGUUUGUUCGAUGCCUCAGAUGCAUACCGUGUACAUGUCUGUGAUAUUUGCGGUUUGAUGGCCAUUGCUAACCUAAAGAAAAAUAAUUUUGAAUGUCGUGCCUGUAAAAAUAAGACAAGAAUUUCUCAAAUCCAUAUUCCUUAUGCCUGUAAACUCUUAUUCCAAGAAUUAAUGGCUAUGAAUAUCGCUCCUCGUAUGUUCGUUGACGCUGAUUAAAUCAAAAGAGAACCAAGACAUAUAAACACUCCCAUUUUUUUUUUUUUAUCUUAAUACAACAGACAUACUCAUACUAUAUUCCACAUGGUCCUUUUUUUUUUUUUUCUAUACUAUAAUAAAUACGAAUUCAUUUUUCCGAAGCA